AUGGCAGGAGCUGAUGGAGACGAUUCUCUCUACCCUAUUGCCGUUCUCAUUGAUGAGUUACGAAAUGAGGACGUUCAGUUACGUCUGAACAGCAUUAAGAAGCUGUCCACCAUUGCGCUGGCUCUCGGUGUAGAGAGGACCCGCACUGAGCUCCUUCCUUUCCUCACAGACACCAUUUAUGAUGAAGAUGAGGUGCUUUUGGCACUGGCUGAGCAGCUUGGCAAUUUCACCAUGUUGGUGGGAGGGCCAGAGUAUGUCCAUUGCCUCCUGCCACCUCUGGAGAGUCUUGCUACAGUGGAAGAAACGGUAGUCAGAGACAAAGCCGUGGAGUCCCUGCGAAAGAUCUCUCAGGAGCACUCUCCAGUUGACCUGGAGGUCCAUUUUGAGCCUUUGGUGAAGCGGCUGGCCAGUGGUGACUGGUUCACCUCUCGCACAUCAGCCUGUGGCCUCUUUAGUGUGUGUUAUCCUCGUGUCUCCAGCACUGUCAAGGCUGAAAUCCGACAGCAUUUUCGCACCUUGUGCUCUGAUGACACUCCUAUGGUGCGUCGUGCUGCAGCAUCAAAACUUGGGGAGUUUGCCAAAGUCCUGGAGCUGGAUUAUGUCAAAAGUGAUAUAAUUUCCCUUUUCACAGCUCUGGCCUCCGAUGAGCAGGACUCUGUGCGGUUGCUUGCCGUGGAGGCUGGAGUCAGCAUUGCCACUCUUCUGCCUCAGGAGGACCUGGAGACACUGGUAAUGCCAACCCUGCGCCAGGCCGCAGAGGAUAAAUCUUGGAGGGUCCGUUACAUGGUUGCUGACAAGUUCUCUGAGCUCCAGAAAGCCGUGGGCCCAGAGAUCACAAAGAACGACCUGGUCCCAGCCUUCCAGAACCUUCUGAAAGAUUGUGAAGCAGAGGUUCGUGCAGCUGCUGCCAACAAAGUCAAAGAAUUCUGUGAGAAUCUUCCAGAGGACAGCCGUGAGCAAAUCAUCAUGACCCACAUCCUGCCCUGUGUCAAGGAGCUGGUUUCAGACACCAAUCAGCAUGUGAAGUCAGCCCUGGCCUCUGUCAUUAUGGGCCUAUCGACCAUCCUGGGCAAGGACAACACAAUAGAGCACUUACUGCCUCUCUUCUUGGCUCAGCUUAAGGACGAGUGCCCUGAGGUACGUCUCAACAUCAUCUCAAACCUAGACUGUGUGAACGAGGUGAUUGGCAUACGCCAGCUCUCCCAGUCACUGCUGCCGGCCAUUGUGGAGCUGGCUGAGGAUGCCAAGUGGAGGGUUCGCCUUGCCAUCAUAGAGUACAUGCCCUUGUUGGCAGGACAGCUGGGAGUGGAAUUCUUUGAUGAAAAGCUCAACACCCUAUGCAUGGCCUGGCUUAUUGACCAUGUCUACGCCAUCCGUGAAGCAGCCACCUGCAACCUCAUGAAGCUUGUGGAGAAGUUUGGAGCCGAGUGGGCCCAGAACACCAUCGUGCCCAAAGUUCUGGGCAUGGCCAACGAUCCCAAUUACCUCCACAGGAUGACCACUCUGUUCUGCAUCAACGCGCUGUCAGAGGCCUGCGGUCAGGAGAUCACCACCAAGCAGAUGCUCCCCGUGGUCCUGAAGAUGUCCAACGACCAGGUGGCCAACGUCCGCUUCAACGUGGCCAAGUCUCUCCAGAAGAUCGGCCCAGUCCUCGACAGCAACGCCCUGCAGUCGGAGGUGAAGCCGGUGCUGGAGAAGCUGGCCACCGACUCCGACAUGGAUGUCAAGUACUUUGCCCAGGAGGCCAUUAGUGUUCUGGCCCUUGCAUAA